AUGACGGCCAUUACGGAAGCGAUGGUGCUAGAGAAGGAGCGGCAGAACGCUGCCAGGCGCGAUGCGCUGAAUAAGCGCAGCCAAAAUGUGUCCCGCUUGGCUGAGCCAGAACCCAACUUCCCCCCGGAGUGCUGCUGCGUGAAGCCAGUUAUCUACCACAACAUCCGCGAGCAGGUGCCCGUGACGCAGCAGCGUUUCAUGUACAUCCUAGCGGGUCUCUACGUCACGUUGAUGAUCCUCAUCAUCUAUAACAUCGUGGCUGCCUUGGUGGCCUUCACCCUUGGCGGGAGCGCCCUGCACUUUGGUCUAUCCUUUGUGUAUCUGCUGGGGCUCCCAGGAGCGUGGAUUUCGUGGUACUACAACGUGUACUGCGCCAUAGUGUACGCGUCUCGCGCGCGGCAGCUGAUUGCUCUCCUGGGUCUUCUCCUAGGUGUCGUGUUCGAUGGGUGGAUGACGAUCGGCAUCACCGGAUUCGGCGGCUGUGGUUGGAUCUAUGCUCUCAGCUUGACGCGCAAUGUGGCUCCGUUUGUGCUGGUUCUCAUUAGUGCGAUUCUGUGGCCGCUGCACGGUUUUGCGCUGUGUGUGAUGAUGCUGCGGUACUGGCGCCUUUCGAGGGUACUCUUGAAGAGUACAGCCAACAUCUACCGCCAGAGCAUCAUUUAG